UCCUUUGAGAAGGUGGUGAUGUACUGCGACACCUACAUGAACUACAUCCCCCUCUCCUUCAUCUUGGGUUUCUACGUGUCCUUCGUAGCGUCCCGAUGGUGGCAACAGUACAUGGCCAUCCCUUGGCCGGACAAAAUCAUCCACGCCAUCGCCCUGCACGUGGUCGGCUACGAUGAGAAGGGCCGAAUGAUGCGGAGGGCGCUGGUACGGUACCUCAACCUCAGCCUCGUGCUCAUCCUCAGAUCCAUCUCGUCGGCCGUCAAGAAGCGGUUUCCAACACUCGAGCAUCUGGUGGAAGCAGGUUUCAUAACCUCGACGGAGCUGGGGAUCUACAACCUGGUGCCCAACACGGAAUUCAACACCUACUGGAUCCCCUGCACGUGGUUUACGGCACUCCUUAAGGACGCCAAGGCCCAGAAGAGGAUUACGGAUCCAUUGGGGAUCAAACAUAUAAUGGAGGAAUUCAAUGAGUUCAGGCAAAAAUGCGGAUUGCUCUGGAGCUAUGACUGGGUGUCAAUCCCUCUAGUGUACACUCAGGUCGUGACCAUUGCAACUUACUCUUUCUUUCUCGCUGCAAUCGUAGGGCGCCAAUAUGUGGAAGAGUCUCCCAUCUCAUACAGGUCCAACCAACUCGACCUGUACAUCCCCUUAUUCACAAUACUGCAGGUCUUUUUCUACAUGGGUUUACUGAAGGUCGCCGAGCAGCUUAUUAACCCUUUCGGUGACGACGAUGAAGAUUUCGAACUGAACUGGAUCAUUGAUAGACACAUGAAGGUGUCUUAUCUGAUCGUGGAUACGCUUCUGCUCAGGACGCCGCCCCUUAGCAAAGACAUCUUCUAUGACGACGAGUGUCCCGUCCUGCCCUACACUGCAGCAUCGGCGGAGUUCAAAAAGAGGACCUACAGGGGAUCUGUGGCCAACAUGGUAAUCCCCGAAGAGAAGCAGAACCUGAUCCUCCCUGAUAUCCAGGAGGAGCUUGAGGAAGGGGGGGAGUUCCGCAGCACAAGCAACCUCGCAUCUCAAAUGGCUUCAAUGAAGUCUUCUGCCAACAACCUAGGAGGUCUUGGCGGGGUUACGGGCAAGGUGAUUAAGGUCGAGGGUGGGGGCACCAACAGUGGCAGCAGCACUAGUCCAAGUUCUAAGGGCAGAAAGGGCAGGCCCCCCCUUCGACGCACCCUAAGCAGCCCCGGUUAUCUGUCAGCCCACCACCACCACUACUACCUCCUGCCCAGGCUUCCCUCUCACCAACCACCGCCACUGGAACCCUCUGCAACCGAACAUAGCGGCUUGAAACCUACAAAAUCAGUAGCAAGGACCAGCGAAGCCUAAGUGUGCCUGACGACUGCCUGACGCUCGACCCGCGGAGCUCCUCGCCGCGAGACGGGAAGAAGGAGAGUUCGAAAUCCCCCCCG